AAUCAGAGAGAAAGAGGAGUGUGUCGUCUUCAAAGCGAACGUGUCUGGUUUCGCAUCGUUUCGUUUGUUCUUCGAUCAAUCGAACUGGAAAAACCCUAGCUUUGAUUCCGCACAGAGAUAUGGUUGACGUAGCCGAUAAGGUGGCUUAUUUUCAAGCCAUUACGGGCUUAGAAGAUUCCGAUUUGUGCACCGAGAUCCUCGCCGCCCAUGGCUGGGACCUCGAACUCGCGAUCUCCAAUUACACCUCUACCAACGCCGUCUCGCCGGAGGAGGAGCCACUGGUUGGAACUUCCUCUACUGGAGUUGGCGGCGGUGCCUCCGUAAGGUCAUCCGGUUCUGAAUUACGUGAAGCUUCGGUGAGACCCUUGCCGAAUUCUUCUAAUGCCGUCGCUGGGCCUCCUGGUUUGGCUUGGAAGUUGAUUACUUUGCCGAUUUCUGUUAUUUCUGGCAGUCUAGGGUUGAUCUCUGGCGCGAUUGGGCUCGGUUUAUGGGCUGCCGGUGGUGUUCUGUCGUAUUCGUUGGGAGUUGUUGGAUUGGGCCAUGGGUCUGGGCGGAACGGGGAUUCUUCGACGCCGUUGGUUUCGGUUUCGGCCGCUGCGGCUGAAGCUAUGGAGUUCGUGGCUGGUUUUGAGAGGGAUUAUGGGUCGAGGAGACCGAAUUUUGUGAGUGAAGGGUUUAUGGAUGCUUUGCAGAGAUCGAGGAAUGAGUUUAAGCUGUUGUUUGUGUAUUUGCACUCGCCGGAUCAUCAAGACACCCCUUCGUUCUGCGAGAGAACUCUUUGUUCGGAGGUCUUGGCGGCUUUUGUGAAUGAGAAUUUCGUGUCUUGGGGAGGGAGUAUUCGGUCCAGUGAAGGCUUUAAGAUGAGUAAUAGCUUGAAGGCUUCAAGAUUUCCUUUCUGUGCUGUGGUGAUGGCCGCCACGAAUCAGAGGAUUGCGUUACUUCAGCAGGUUGAAGGUCCAAAAACUCCCGAAGAAUUGCUUACAGUACUGCAGAGAGUUCUUGAAGAAAGUGCUCCAGUUCUUGUUACAGCAAGGCUUGAUGCAGAGGAAAGAAGAAGUAACAUUCGUUUAAGGGAGGAGCAAGAUGCUGCUUAUAGAGCUGCACUUGAAGCUGAUCAAGCUAGGGAACGCCAAAGGAAGGAGGAGCAAGAACGCCUGGAAAGAGAAGCUGCUGAAGCUGAGAGAAAGCGCAAGGAGGAAGAAGAGGCUCGUGAGAGAGCAGCACGUGAAGCUGAGGAGAAAGCAGCUGCUCUUGCUAGGAUUCGAGAAGAAAAAGCUCUGUCCCUUGGCGCUGAACCAGAUAAAGGACCAAAUGUAACACAGGUUUUGGUGCGGUUCCCAGCCGGAGAACGCAAGGAAAGGAGGUUCCACAGCACCGCAACCAUCCAGGCCGUGUACGAUUACGUUGAUUCUUUGGGCUGCUUAGACGUGGAGAAUUACAGCCUCGUCUCGAACUUCCCUCGCGUGGUUUAUGGCCCCGAGAAGCUGGCGCUAUCUUUGAAAGAAGCAGGAUUGCAUCCUCAAGCCAGCCUCUUUGUGGAGCCGAACUCAUAAGGGGUUUGUAAUGGUGGUAUUUAGGGUGACUGGUUAUGAAAACAUUAGUUUGAGGAAGAAUUCCCUAGUAAAAUAUACUUGAAUUUACCUCUUCUAUCUAACCAUUUCAGAUUGGUUCAGGAGAAGAAAAUAUUAUAUGAGCUGAGGAAGAAGACAAGGGUCAGACUCUCUCUCUCUCUCUCUCUCUCUCUCUCUAAUCGUUUUUACACACAAUGUUUAGUCCCAUCUCUCUCCUUAUCUUUUCUUGUGAAAAUUCUUUUAGUAGAGUGGGGUCAUCAUUGGAAGAUGGCAAUUGAAAUAAUGAUUUUUAAUGAUCUUAGAAA